CAUAUUAUUCUGUGGUUUAUGUAGUUAAAGAUGGCGGAGUCAGAAGAGUCUAAAACAAUAUGCAAGUUUCUUUUUAAGAAAUCAAACAAGAAAUUUUCUGCACGGAAAAGAAAUGCAAGUGAUAGCGAUAAAGACAGAAGUAGCGGCGAGGAGAGCAGUGCUGUGGUCAGAAAGAAGAAAGCUGCUAUUACUAACCCCAUGAUUCAGAAAACAAAGAAAGUGGAGAGGGAAGCAGUCUCAUCAAGUGAAAGUGAAGAGGAGAAAGGAGACAAGAGUGUCACUGUCGCGUACAAGUCCACUCGGUCAGCGAAACCAGAGGGACCAGAUGACAUGGGGGCCACUGCUGUUUAUGAGUUGGACACAGAGAGGGACAAAGAUGCUCAGGCCAUCUUUGAGCGCAGCCAGAAGAUUCAAGAGGAGUUGACUGGUAAAGAUGACGAUAAGAUUUAUCGUGGCAUCAACAACUACCAUAAAUUCAUCAAACCCAAAGAUUCCACCAUGGGCAACGCCUCCUCUGGUAUGGUCAGGAAAGGGCCAAUCAGAGCCCCUGAGCACCUCAGGGCCACAGUCCGGUGGGAUUACCAGCCUGACAUUUGUAAAGACUAUAAAGAGACGGGCUUCUGUGGGUUUGGAGACAGCUGUAAGUUUCUGCAUGACCGCUCAGACUACAAGCACGGCUGGCAGAUUGAGCGAGAGCUCGAAGAAGGAAGAUAUGGGGCAAACGACGAUGAGAACUAUGAAGUGAGCAGCGACGAGGAAGAUCUUCCUUUCAAGUGUUUCAUUUGUAGGGAGUCAUUUAAGAACCCCAUUAUUACAAAGUGCCGGCACUACUUCUGUGAGGCCUGUGCUCUCCAGCACUACCGCAAGUCUAAGCGCUGUUAUGUUUGUAACCAGCAGACCAAUGGCGUCUUCAACCCGGCCAAAGAGCUCAUGGCUAAGAUGCAGAAACAGCAGGCAGCUGCUGACCAGCCUCCCUCUGAUGAGGAUGACUAGCACCACACAGCCUCCCCUUCUGUUUUCUACUUUAAUCAUUCAGAUUCCAGCUGCGUUGUAAAUUUUCAGAACCUUUGAAAUAAACAUGCACUCUUUUGUAGAA